UUUCCCUGUGAAUCAACGGAGAAGUUUGUAAAAUUGGACGCCCACGGGCGAGUGGGUCAAUUAGAAAUUGUCCGGUGUUCGUAGUAAAAUAGACGUGUGUUUUGUUUAAAGCACAGUAACUGUGCCUAGGAAUAAGACGCACGAGUAUUAGACUUAGAUUCGAAGCUGCCAACUAACGGCUUAUUCGAAGAGGUUGAGCGUCUGGUUCAGAUGCAAUUAUUGUUUGCUGUUUCCUAGUGAAUUUGUCAAGUAUUUCAUGGUUCUUUGCAUAUUUCAAGGUGUUACUGGGAACAUAUUGCCCCAUACUUCAAAUCAAGGACAUUGUUUGCCACUUGUCUGCAAGAGAAGCAAACACCUGCAACAACUUUAAAAAGCCACCCGUGUAGCCGCCAGCCGUUACGAUCCAUCUAGUGGUGGUGUGUGAACCUGCCUGUUGAAGGAUGUAAUGAAGAUAUGACUAAUGAACAAUAGUGUUAUGAGCAUCAGUUUGCUGCAGAAGAUUGAUUGCAUAUCUCCAAAGAAUGGCUAAUUCCAUGGAGAAUGGUGUUAAAGAUGAGCCCAAGACUCAAUUUACUGCACGCGAGGGAACCUACAGGUUGAUGACACAUUCAGACUACUCCAGACAAAAUAGAGUUGGUUAUAGUAGUACAGGACAUGGGAAUAUUCCUGUCAGAGUUUCAUUUGUUACUGUAGAUGAUACAUGUGGCCCAAGUGAGAGGAUAUGCUUUAAUUAUGGAAGGGAACUAUAUGUGUAUGUGUACAAGGGUGUACAAAAGGCAGUGGAUCUGAGCAAACCUGUGGACAAGAGGGUGUACAAGAGCACGAGUCCAACAUGUCACGACUUCAUUGUGUCCAAGAGCUCACCGGACUCAACAUCUCUGCUGGUGGGCUUCACAGGCGGCCAGGUUCAGCUCAUCGACUCGGCACGGCAGGACGCCAGCAACAUCUUCAAUGAUGAGCAACUGAUCGAGAAGACCCGGGUGACGUGCGUCAAAUGGCUGCCCAACACGCCGCACCAGUUCCUGGCGUCUCACGCCAGCGGCCACCUGUACCUCUACUCGGAGCGUCUGCCGUGCGGCCCGGCCGCGCCCACCUACCAGACCUUCAAACAGGGAGACGGCUUCACCGUGUACACCUGCAAGGCACGCAGCACGCGCAACCCGCUCUACCGCUGGGCGGUGGGCGAGGGCGCCGUCAACCGGUUCGAGUUCUCUCCCAGCGGGCGUUACUUGGCUACGGUCUCCCAGGAUGGAUGUCUAAGGGUGUUCCGGUAUGAUAACAUGGAGCUGGCCGGGAUGGCGCGCAGCUAUUUCGGCGCGCUCACCUGCGUGGCCUGGUCGCCCGACUGCCGGUACGUGGCCGCCGGUGGCGAGGACGACCUGCUCACGGUGUGGAGCGUGGCCGAGAGGCGCGUGGUGGCGCGUGGCCGCGGCCACCGCUCCUGGGUGGCCGACGUCGCCUUCGACCCGUACACGAGCGUGGUGGACGGCGGCGGCGAGCCCGCCUCCAACGGCAACGGCUACUCGUCGGAUGAGGGCGGCGCGGCGCCGGCGCCGCCGCUCGUCACCUACCGGAUCGGUUCGGUGGGCCAGGACACCCAGCUCUGCCUGUGGGAGCUCACUGACGACGUGCUGCGCCGGCCGUACGGCCGCAGCCGCGCCAGUGUGGCCGGCGUGGCCUCCGAGCCGGCGCCGCCCGCCUCCACGGGCUCUCUGUCCGCGCGGCUCUCCUCCCUGGGGUUGGGCGGCGAGCAGCGCCGGGAGCCCGGCCGCCGACUCGGUCUGCUGCUCGGCGGACACCGCGCAGAGAAGGCCGCAGAGCGCGCCGGCUCGGCGGCCGGCGGCGGCGGCGCCGCGCAGCGCCGCGAGCGCGACCGGCUCAUCGGCACGCCGGGCUGCCCGCGGCUGGCCGACUGUCCCAUCCUGGAGCCGCACGUCAGCUGCCGCGUGUCGCACGAGCGGCUGACGGCACUGACGUUCCGCCGAGAUUGCGUGGUGACCGCCUGCUGCGACGGCUACGUCUGCACCUGGGCGAGGCCCGGCACCGUCACGGGUGCGUGCUCGAGCUCGAGUCCAGCGGCCACGCACGGCGACACGAGCACCGUGGUCUGACGCCCCGGCCGGCACCAGAGCCGGUCCCAACUGUGAUAGAGAGCACGGCCGCGCCACCUGUGCGGCGCCGGCCCAACUCGAGUCUGCCGCUCGGGCCGGCAGAUGGCGCGUGGAGCGCUCCGUGUCGCGCGGCCGCCGCUCGGGUCUCCUGCUCAGCGGCCGCCUCCCUCGUGCGCGCGUGCAAGAUAUUUAUAGUGAAAUAUAUGGUGCUUCGAUUG